CCGAGCAAAAUGGCGGCCCCCAUGAUGCGGCGCUGCCGGCGUUGGUUUCGGAACGGGGAUCUCUGCGUUGGGAAUGUCGCCGGACUCCGUGGCCGGGAGGGUCCGGUGGCCGCUAGCGCGCUCUGCCGGAGUGCAGCGGAGACUACAGCGAAACAGAACCGUGAUGUUCCCUGGGUAGCAGUUGUCGGCCUGGAAAUUCAUGCACAGAUUUGGUCCAACUCAAAGCUUUUCUCCAGUUCACAAGUCCAGUUUUCAGCACCACCUAACUCUUUAGUAUCAUUCUUUGAUGCUUCUCUACCAGGAACAUUACCGGUCCUCAACAGGAGAUGUGUAGAAGCAGCCGUGACAACGAGCCUUGCGCUGAACUGCACCAUAAACAAGAAGUCCUUGUUUGACAGGAAACACUAUUUCUAUGCAGAUCUGCCUGCUGGCUAUCAGAUCACCCAACAAAGACUUCCCAUUGCUGUGAAUGGGAGCUUGUCAUAUAGCCUGUGUGUAGGGAAAAACCAGAAUGAAAUGGUAACCAAGACUGUGAGGAUCAAGCAGUUACAGCUGGAGCAAGACAGUGGAAAGAGCCUCCACGAUGACUUCAGGAGCCAGACCCUUGUUGAUUUGAACAGAGCAGGAGUUGGCCUCAUGGAGGUUGUCAUGGAGCCCGAUAUGUGCUGUGGGGAAGAAGCUGCUGCAGCGGUGAGAGAGCUUCAGCUUAUCCUGCAGGCUCUUGGGAGCAGCCAAGCAAACAUGGCAGAGGGCCAGCUGAGAGUAGAUGCCAACGUAUCUGUACAUCGUCCCGGGGAGCUAUACGGAGUAAGGACUGAAGUGAAGAACAUCAACAGUGCCCGAUUUCUUGCGAAGGCAAUAGACUAUGAAAUACAGAGGCAAAUUGAAGAGCUGGAGAACGGAGGGACUAUUCUGAAUGAAACUAGAGCCUUUGAUUUUAAGCUUGGGCGCACCAUAGCAAUGAGGGAUAAAGAAGGAAAACAGGAUUAUCGGUUCAUGCCAGAGCCAAACCUUCCUCCAUUGAUUCUUCACGAUGCGAAAUCUUUGCCCGUUCACGCAAGCUAUCAGCAAGUGGUGAACAUUGAUUGGCUCCGGGAGAGGCUUCCGGACCUCCCCAGUGCGAAGAGAGCAAAGCUUGUUGAACGCUAUGGGAUUCAGCCUCAACACAGUUUCACCUUAUUGAAUGAAGAUGGAUUAAUGGAAUUCUUUGAAACUGUGGUGAAAGCAACAGAAAUGAAUCCCAAAAAAGUAAUUGGCUGGAUUCUAAACGAUAUGCUUGGUUUUCUAAAACAACAUAGCCUUGCAGUAAAAGAAAGUCCAGUCAGCCCUCUUCUUUUGGCUGAACUUCUGAACCUUCUAGCACGUGGGAUGAUUUCCUCUUCAGCAGCCAAACAAGUGUUGGAAGAGAUGUGGAAGGGAGAAGGGAAGACCCCAGCUCUGAUUGUUAAAGAAAAAAAACUUGAACUGAUCCAGGACCAGAAUGAGCUUGAGCACAUAUGUCAGGCUGUGAUGGAAGGCCAUCAGAAAGAGGUUGCAGAGAUAAAGAAGGGAAACCAGAAAGUCCUGAAUAAGCUCAUUGGACAGGUUCAAAGAAUAACAAGACGACGAUCAGACCCCAUCUUGGUGAAACAAAUACUAGAGAAGCUGCUGUCAUAGGAGCCUGGAGUGAAAAAUGCUGUAUCUGGCUUGCCCAUUCUUGACAUUCUGAACGCAUUAGAGAGGUAAUUACUUGACAACCUUCUAUACUGUUAGCAAUCAAGUCACUGUACAGAUUUCACUUGAUGCUGGCUCACAUCAUAUUAUUGUAGCUGCUUUCCACCAUUUUCUAGCUUUUUCCCGGGCCAUCAUCCUCUUAAGUGUCUGUUGAUUCAGAAAAUAAGUUAUAAAAGGAAAGAACUGAAGUUGCAGCGUGCACAAGUUUUCUGUUUUUAAAUCUGCUGAAUUUGUAACAUUACUGAUGAAUAGGAGGGGAAAUGAUACAUUAUAUUCUUUUUCAAAAAUGUCUUAAAUACUAACCUCUUAAUGUGUUUUCUUGGGAAUGAUCGAAGCAGAAUACCCCCUCGACUGCUAAAAUCUUCAGGAAUCUUUUACAAUAAAGAAUAUGCAUGAGUGAUGGAAAGGUUAAUUACUCAAAAACAAUUUUUUUGUUACAAGGAAUCCUAAGAGUUUUCUUAAGUAAAAACUGAUGUAUCAGGUCACUGAUGUUCCUUAGGGUGUGAAUUUCACCUGGUGCUGCAUACUUGUGAAUGAAUUCUAGUAUAUUCUCUCUCUCUCUCUCUCUCUCUCUCUCACACACACACACACACACACACACACAAACACACACACACAGUUUCACAUGCUGUGUCUCACACAGAUCAAGAAAUACUCUACAAUUAAAAGGAAUAUAUAUUUAUGGUCAAAUGUUGUCCUGAUAUUUAGUAUUCUGGAACAUUGCAAAUAAAUCCACUUUUCAAUAAA